CGUAAAGUGGGAAACGGAAGCUUGUGUUAAAUCUAAUAGUUUUAACCAUUGUUCUAUAUUUUGAUAUGUAAAACACAGAAUUCAGUGAUUGUUAAAGAAUUCUCGCAGAAUUAAAUAUACGUUCUAGAAUUACCGUUAUUAAUUAUAUCAUUUGGGUUAUGAUGUUAUGGAAUUUGAAACUCGCAAAAGAUUAUUGUGUAUUUUUUUUACCGAAUACAGCUAUAAAUAUGACUACUCGGAUUACAUUUUAUCAACGUCUGUACACAUUAUCUGAAAAUGUGUGAUAUUGAUGGAUAGAAAAUACAGUACAAAAAUAUGUCAUUUAUGAAUGAUGAUAGAUACAAAAAAAUGGUUUCUAAAGAAAUCAUACAAACACCAUGUACGAUUGAAGAGAGUUCAACAGAGUUUAUGGUUCUACCUAAAUAUGAACACAUAGAAGAAACACUGGUUGUUGGUGAAGAAAUAGUUGUUGAUGAAAAUAUGGACAUAAAUCAACAAAUCUCUGAAGGAACUAUUUGUGAACCAAAAGAAUAUUUUGAAGCAAGUAUAGAAACAACAAUGCCUGUUGAAUAUGUUGACGAAUCUAUGUCAUUAUCAAGAAGUAAUAUAAAUAAACAAAAGUGGCUUCGAAAUCAUAGCUAUAAACAUGAAAUAUUGUUAUCAGAGACAGAGGAUAGCGACCCUGAAAUAGCUUAUAAUAAAAUAACAUGCGACGAUCAAUAUGGAGAUGAAGAAACAAUUGCUACAUUUGUAACUGCCGCUGGUCAACAACUAGCACUGUAUGCAGUUGAAGAUUCCGAUGAAAUUUUUGCUGUAGCAAUGUAUGAUGAAUCUGGUGAACCUCCAACAAAUUUUCAGUUUCUUAUGAAAGCAGAUGUUGAAAGAUUAAUAGGAGAAGGUGCUGUUAGAACUGUAAAGAAACCAACACAAAUAAAAAAACAAUUAUUGACUACACAACCACCAAUGUUUUUUCCCAAAUGUGAACAAGCAAAUCGCAUACCAUUCCAUAAUGAAAAUGGAAUUUUAUCAAGAGAAAUUCGAAGGAUACAAAAAGAAGAAAAUACAUGGGAAGAAAAUUCAACUUUGAUAGAAGAUUCUGAUUUGAAUUUAAAUGUAAAAGAAGUUCCUAACAUUAUGUAUUCAGCUGAUAACAAACAAACAGAUGUAGCAUACUUAAUGAUGGAUGAUUGUUCUGUAAAUAUGGAUAAUUCUGAAGAUUGUCAGGAAGACAACGAGAGUGAUAAUGAGAUUAUAGAACAAUCAACAGUACAGUAUAUUCUAUUUGAGGGUGAUCAAUCCGAUUCUGAACUAACAUUCGACGAAAUACAGGCUACUCUUAAAAAUUUUAAAACGGCCGAAUCGAAAUCAUCGAAAAAGCAACCAACUAAAAAAGGCAGUAGAAACCAUGAUAACUUCGCAAAUAUUAAAGAGAUCAAUUAUGAAAAUUCAUUGUCUCAGAACUCAAAUUCCAAUUUGUCUAAUCACAAUUCCAACACUUUAAUGGAGAGAAAGUUAAAUUUAAUAGAAAAUCAAGGAGAACUAGAAACACUAGCGGAAUCGACUAUGGAUGCAAUGUCGAAUACUACGAACUUAGAUCUAUCAAACGGUUCCAUUGAAUGUACAUCACCGAAAUCAACACAAAUGCAAUGUAAAACUAAAAGAUCUCGGAAACAACAAUUAAUUUUCGUGAAUCGUGAAGAUUCGGAAAUAAUUAUACAACCAGCGUCUCUUUUGUGUGAGGAAGAUAACAAUGUUAGGAAAAGGGGAAAACGAAAGAGAAGAGUUGUAGGUCAUUCUGGGUAUCGUCAAAGACAUAGCGACUCGAAAAGAUUAAAAAGGAUUAAACACAAAGAAGUUGAAAUUAUCGAAAUUGAUGUCGACGAAGAAGAAAGUAUACUGCAAUCUAAAAGGGAUGUUGUUGAGAUAACCAUAGAUGAUACUAAAGAUAAAUAUUCUAGCGAUAAAGAAAACGAAAUUAUCAUGGUAGGAGAUUCAGAUGAUGAAUCACAGCAGGCAAAUUCAAAAACAAUGUUACUGCAAUGUGAACAUUGUUCAAGGAACUUCAGGCAACAAAGAGCUUUAGAAACCCAUUUACGAGUUUGCUCAAAAUCACCAUCAAAUACAAUUCGGUUUGACGAACAGAAAGUAAAGCAUGCAAAUAGAUCAGGCGAAAAUACGAUUAAGAAACAAUAUGCUUGUAAAAUAUGUCAGACAAAAUUCGAUGUGGUGGUAGCUUUAGCUCGUCAUGUACGUUCAGAACAUUCACAACGGAAGAAACGUAGAUUUAGUGACUCGUCGGUUGAACAACCAUCCAUAAAAGUCGAAAAAAAGAAGGAGCCUGUAGAGCCAAAAAAGCAACUAACUAUGAUUAAAAAAAUUAAAAGAAAAAGGAGCCAACGACUAAAUUGUACCUGGGAAGUAAAAAAACUAAGUUGUUCUGAUUGUGGUAGAUGGUUUCCAAGUGCUGCUUUACUAAUGGCACAUUGUCUUCAACAUGGAACAAAAAAAUCUGAUCGGAUACAUAGGUGUCACGUGUGCCAGAAACUAAUAAAAUCUAGACUACGUUUUGUACAGCACUUAAAACAACAUGGAAAUAUACAAAAGAAUACAAAAUCAAUAGCAAAUAUUCAGAAAAAAUUACAUACUACAAGAUCAGUGACAAGCAAAAUUACUACACUGAGAAAGCGAGGACGACCACGAAAACUUUGAUUGCUUUAAAUAUUGAUAAAUGGCACUUUUACAAAGUGGUGAUAUGUAACAAAUAUUGCUACUAUAUUAUUUCCUUUAAUACGAAAUGUGUAUAAUAUCCGUACUUCUGAUAAAAAUUGGAAAUAUUUAUGUUUGUUGAAGAAAAGACUUAUUUUAAAACAUAUUUGAUGCUUAACUAAAUGUAUAUACUAUUUAAGUAUAUUCUGUACAUUAUGUAUCAUCUAACUUUAUGAUGUCAUAUUAACCUAUAGUUUGAUUUUAUUAUUAAAGGCUAGCUUCUCCUAAUUGAUAUUUUUCUUUGAUUGUGGAAUUAUUUGCAGAAUAAAAAUGUUGAAAUUUGAUCAUAUAAAAAUGAAAAAGAUACAGAAGCUUGUAGUGUUACAUCAACAGAACAUUUAAAGUAUGUUAGGUAAGUUAGCCUGUAAUUAUAAACUUAAGUGAUGUACAUUGGUUCUACUCUCAUACAUUGAAGACACUAUUACUGUAAAUAAAA